AUGGUUACAAGCGCUCAUCCAUCAAGGAACAAUAGCAACGGGGAAAACAAUGGAGGGUUAACUUUGCGAAAUUUUAAGUGGGUACUAAUUUUGUUGGAAAUUCCAAUAUUGAAAUAUAGCGUGAUUCAACAAAAUCAUAACAAAACUACAUCCAACCACGCUAUCAAUAAGUAUGGAAAGUACAAUACUCCACAGAUUAGAGCGCUCUCUUAUGAGAUACUAAAAAGAUGCAUCGGAUAUUUAUCCUGUGUACCACCAUACGUAGCUAAAGAACUAAUUUAUAAUUUGCAAUGUUGGGAUGAUCAAAAGUUUAAUAAUAGAAUAGACUUGAUCAAUUUGUAUAUCACUUUCCAUGCCAAUAGAAUAAUAUAUCAUGCUUUGCCACACAAUUUCACGACUACCCCUAACAAAGCAACUUUGAAUGCUAGUGACAAACUACACAGUCCUACUUUACAAGAGUUUGAAGAAGGAAAUGGUGAGACUAGUAACAAAGAUGCUUCAAGUGCAAGCGGAGAAGCGGCAAAUGAAAAUGUCUUAACACAAGCGUUUAACAGUUUUUGGUGUGGGCUUGGUAAUUCUAAUAAUAACAUUAAUACUAAUGGUAAAAGUAAUGCUAACAUUCCCAAACAUUUCAAACUCUCGUUGGCUAAGUAUGGGUUUGACUGGCAUCUUCAGACGGCAGCUCAAUUGUUGAUAUAUUUUUUUGGAGCUAAUCAAAGAACUAAAAAAUGCUUUGUUUCUCACUUUUAUAAUACAUUAUUGGACUUUAUUGAUUAUAAAAAGGAUUUCGAAACAUGGAAAAAGUUAAAAAAAAUUGAAAUAAAACAUCACAGACAUAAUAACAGUAACGCCAGCAGCAAUUUAACUGUAUUUGAUAGCGAAUAUAGGCCAAGAUUGACGUUAUGCCAAUACCCAUUUUUAUUGUCAUUGGGCAUUAAAGUAUUAAUGAUGGAAUAUGAAGCCAAAAAGGUAAUGGAGCAAAAAGCUGAGGAAGCGUUUUUAAACGCAAUAGGAAGUAACAAGAUUGUUGAUGUAUAUUUUAGAAUCAAAAUCCGCAGAGAUCAUAUCACGCAGGAUUCCUUGAGAUGCAUUUCAUCAAAUAACAAUAAUCACAAUUUGCAUAAAUCAUUGAAGGUUGAAUUCAUUGACGAACCUGGUUUAGACGCUGGCGGCUUGAAAAAGGAAUGGUUUUUAUUAUUAACAAGCAAAUUAUUUAACCCGACAAAUGGGUUGUUUGUAAAUAUUGAUGAAAGCAAUUUGUUUUGGUUUUCGAUUGGAAAUCCUAAUGGCGCUGGCGCAACUCGCACAAACAGAAACAACAACGAAUUGUACUAUUUGUUUGGGGUUGUUUUAGGAUUGGCAAUAUUUAAUAGUACAAUAUUGGAUUUAAAUUUCCCCCUGGCACUAUACAAAAAAUUGUGUGGUGAAAAAUUAACUAUGCAGGAUUACAUAGAAUUGUAUCCAGAAUCGGGUAAAAACUUGAUGAAGUUAUUUAAUUACAAUAAAGUUGAUUUUACAAGUGUUUUCGAUUUAUAUUUUGAAACAUGCUAUCAAGAUUGUUUUGGUACGAAGCAUACUGUUGAAUUACGACCAAACGGGAGUAAGAUACCGGUAACUAACGAAAAUAAAGCGGACUUUGUCUAUCUAUGGAUGGAUUUUUAUCUAAACAAAAGUAUUUUGGAUAAAUUCAACAGUUUUACAACUGGUUUCAUAAAAGUGGUUAACGGAGAUUCUUUCAAAUUAUUCAGUAGUGAAGAAUUGGAACAGUUAUGCUGUGGCAGCACUUCUAAUGGUAUGAAUUCUGGGAAAAUAGAUAUUGAAUCAUUGAAAACAAUAACAAAAUAUGCCGGCUCUUUUUCGUCUAUAACAGGUAGGAAUCAUAAAUGGGAUGGCAAUACACUUGUAAUACAGUGGUUUUGGGAAAUUUUCAAAGAUAUGACCUAUGAUGAACAAAAGAAAUUAUUACAAUUUGUUACGGGUAGCCAUAGAUUACCAGCCACUGGUGCAUCUUCGAUGAUAUUUCGGAUAACCAGGUUGGGACCCGAUAGUGAACAUUUGCCCUUGGCACACACAUGCUUUAACGAAUUAUGCUUGUAUGAAUAUAAGACUAAAGAGAAAUUAAAAAAAAAAAUAUUAUUUGCAAUACAAGAGACCGAGGGGUAUGGAUUCCGGUAG